AUGUCCAAUGACACCCCGAGGAUCGACCAGAUAGCUCACAAGUUCUACGCCAAACUUGCUCUUGUCGUCAACCAUGCAAGGGCAACAGUUGAGCCAUCCCCGGAGGCCAAGGAGGACAGAUGGUUCAAUCUCGAGACCCCAGGCCCGGACAUCCUGAAGGACUAUACCCGUCUAUACCGCUCCAUCUCGUCUGCACAGACAGUCCCCCCAUUCCAACUUCAUGUAUUGCUCUGUGUCCCAGAGCUGAGCAAUAACCAGGUGCUCGUUUAUCAUGCACCCGACUCUUCGCGUCUCAGGAUCGAUCCCACACCCAAGUACAUCUUACUGGAGUCGUGGGACAUCCUCUUCGCGCCCACCGCUCACCGGCGCUAUGGGGACGAUCGCGCAGAGGUCGCGCCGCCGACAAUGUACAAGCACGGCAUACUGCUGUUCCGCAGUAUUUUCACGCUUUUACGCGUGUUGCCUGCGUGGAGGCUAGCCAGGCGGCUGCGCAGGCGAACUGGAGGGAACCGGAUUGGGAACCUGACCAUCCAACUUCGUGUGAAAGGCGCAGAGGAUGAUGGUGGCGUGUUGGGGUUUGACAUGCCUCCUGCGCCAGGCGUCGCUCCGCUCGCGAAGGACACGCAUGCAUUCCCGCCGAUCACCCAUUUGACCGGCACGCUGACUUUCUCUGUGACGUAUCUGACCACGCCCCAGUUCCAGCUGGACGAACUCGAGUCUCUGCUCUCUUCGCGGUUCCUCUCACUCGACGAAGGCCCCGAGUUCACCCCGACGCUCGUGAAGCACCAGCAGCGUGACUCAUUGUCCGGCUCACCGGGAAGCCUGCCCAUGCGGACAUCGCUCCCGCGAACGCCCCCUUCUUCCUCUGUAGCCGACCGAUUUGUCGUCCCGCCUGCGGUCGGUUCUCGAACAACAACAUUCACAACAGUAAGCGGGAGUAGUCCGCGUUUGCAGAGUGUAGCACUGCCGUCCGUACGACGCCUGUCGAAUCCUGGGCCAGGCGCAGCUGGCUCACCAUCUGGCAUCUCGGAUGGGUCGUCUUCGAGGCACGGUGCGGGAUCGGUUGCCUCGCGUGAUGAUGCCGUUUCCGCAAUGGCUGCGCGGCUAAGGAGAGAGAGUAUUGGGCGAAGCCGAGGACCCGAUCUGCCGUCCAUUCCAGGACCACUACCCAUCCGCCGAUCACCGAUCACGAACGUGCACCCCUUCAAGGCGUCCACCAUCUCACCAUCGCCCUCUCUUCAUUCGCCUUCGCCUUCGCUUCGACAGUAUUCGCCUUUGUCCUCCACUCCCGGUGGCUCGGGCCCGUCGCUGCCAUCACGUCCGGUGCAGAUGUCGCCCGCUGCGUCUCGCGCUGGUCCAAUGAGCGCGCGGCUGCCGUCGUCUCCGGUGACUCCGUUCAGGCCUUCUCCGCCGUUCGCCCCGUCAAGUUUGGGAGACCGGCGAUCGUUGGUGAGUGCAGAGGGCGUAUCUAUAUCAGGAUCAGAAAGUCCACGGAUGGGUGGAAAGAGGUACUCGAGCAGCUUUGGCCAUCGAUAUGCUGCUUCAGGAGGCGUAGGUAGUGAUGGAAGUGGGGGUAGUGGUGUGCGAGAAGCGGAACGGACUACGGGCGCCUCAUUCCCGAGCGCGAAUGUGGAUGAUGAAGAAAUCUCAGCGUUCAUGAAAGACAUUGACACACGCAAGCCGCUUGGCGGGCUACGUGAGCGGAACACACCAUCACGAGAGGGAACACCUGAGGAAGUUUCGGAAGCAUCGCAGCCUUCACGCUCGGCCAGCGUUGCCUCGCACACGCGGACGCGCUCGAUGCCCGAGCCGAUGCUGGCUACGGAAGCUGCUGUGGAUGAACGGUUACGAGAGAUGAACGAAGCAUUCAUGACGACAAUUAGGGGACUGGAUGGGCGAAGGCGCACAAGAGGCGGCAGCACUCAUGCUCCUCGACAACCGAUAGAGCCAGUCGUGGCGGGGAGUAGUGUGCAACAGGGCACUAUGCUGGAGGGUGCGAGGGUGGGUCCCAUAGGUGUACCACCAUCGUAUGUCCGGCCGAGGUUGGGAUCGACAGCAAGCGCUAGGUCCGGCCUUAGCGUCGCGUCGGGCGAAGUGCUCGGUCGCAUGGACCCGGAGAUAGGAGACGACAGAGAAGGGUCCGACGCGAUUUGA